UGUCUGUAUUGUGACCUGUAUAUUUGUGUGUUUUUACAGCUUUGCGCGAAGACAACAAUAACUGCUUCAGAAAAAUUUCAACACAAUCGAAUGUGGCUCAAUGAUGAGGAAUUGCUUUUCGAGGAGGACUCUCGUCUUAUGCGCUGUUUAGAAGGAGUUCAACGUCUAGCACAUAUUAAUGGUUCUCAAGAAGCUUCACUCUCUUGGAAAGUACAUAUUGCAUCGCGUAACAAUUUUCCUACUGCUGCUGGUCUUGCAUCAAGCGCAGCUGGUUACGCUUGCCUGGUAUAUUCACUGGCACGUUUAUAUGGUAUCCCCCUUACUGAAGAAUUGACGACUAUAGCUCGACAAGGUAGUGGUUCUGCAUGUCGUAGUUUAUUUGGUGGUUUUGUUCAAUGGCACCGUGGAGUUCUUGAUGAUGGCAGCGACUCUGUCGCUGAACCAGUUGCAUCAGCCCAACAUUGGCCGAAUAUGCAUGUACUCAUUUUAGUCGUAAACGAUGAACGAAAAAAAACAAGCUCCACUAAAGGUAUGCAACGUUCUGUGGCUACAUCGCAGUUAAUUCAGCAUCGAGUUGAUAAACUAGUUCCGGAAAGGAUCGCGAAUUUAAAAAAGGCCAUAAAAGCUCGUGAUUUUCAAUCCUUUGCUGAGAUAACGAUGAAAGACUCAAAUCAGUUUCAUGCAAUCGCCUUGGACACAUAUCCACCAUGCGUUUAUAUGAACGAUGUGUCUCAUGCUAUAGUUAAUUUUGUACAUACAUACAAUAAAACUACGGGUACAGUGCAUGCAGCGUACACAUUUGAUGCUGGUCCAAACGCAUGCAUUUAUGUAUUAAAGGAAAAUGUUGCAAAGUUACUAGCAGAAAUUCAAAAAGUUUUCCCCCAUGAUUCAAUAGAUACUGUUGAGUACUUACGGGGUCUUGCCGUUUCACCAGAAUCGAAUAUAGAACAAAAUUCAGAUGGUGCAACCGACAAUUCAAUCCAUACAACUGCAGAACACAGAAAGGUUAACGGAAUUUGACGCAAUUUGCCCAAA